GGGAGGUACUUCUGGGAACAGGCAGCGUCCUCCGUUACUCCAAAACAAAACAACUGCGCAAUGCGAAGUUAACCUGUGAAUCACCUGCUUUUCUUCAGUCAUAAUCAGUUUCCAGGAGUUGACAGGAUGUCUGUGACCAUGGCGAAGGCAGACGGGGUCACCGUCUUCACGUUGACCUCUGACCCCAACAGUGCUUGUCCUCCACUGUGUCAGAUGUUCAAGGGUCUCUGCUACAGCCCUGUGUGCUGCUCUGUGUCUCAGCCCCUUCGGAGGCUCCAGGGAACGUCUCAGUCAGUCCUGGGGGCUUUGCAGAUCAUGAUUGGAAUACUGAACAUUGGUUUUGGAACCAUCCUCUGGGGUCCAGUGUUUCCCUUUUGGCUUGGAAGUCUAUUCAUUUUCUUUGGCAUCAUGUGCAUUUUGUCAGAGAAGUUCCCCAGUCCAUGUCUGGUCAUCUUCAAUGUGAUUCUGAAUCUGAUAGGAAUAGCUUUCUCCAUUACAGCCAUUGUAUUCUACAGUAUUUUCCUUGACAGAUCAUGGUGGUAUUACUACUCAUCAUGUGAGACAAAUCGUUACUGGGGAUACAGCAGUCGUUACAGGACGACGGCCACUGAAUCCCCUGAGCUACAGAUCAUGAUUAAGAAAUGUGAGGAAGGCCAACAUCUGAUUAUGAUACUUAUGAAAAGCAUCUGUAUUGUGCUGAUCAUCCUGUCAGUUCUGGAGCUUUGCAUCACCAUCAGCUCUGUCGUCUUGGGCAUCAAAGCUCUGAGAAAGAGAGGAAAGGAACAAAACAAGAGCUCUGAAGUCCCAGAACACUACAAAGAGCUCUUGGAGGACGCCACCACUAACGCUACAGUCUAAGUCAGCACCUGUUUUACAUGGUCAUACACCAUGAACUGUAAUCCUGGGUGUUUCUACUGUGUCUGCAAGACUUCUGGGUCAUUUACUGAAAGGAUUCUCUUCACUUAAUGAUAUUCUAGUGAACAGAUUUUAAUUUUUCACAUAUGCUGCUUGCUUUCACUUUCUGUUCAUGUUCAUUCAAUCUCAUUCCAGUUAUCAUAACAUUUAUGUUAAUGUCUGUCUAGAAUUCAGUGAGUUUGUUGUUAAAAUGGACCUCAUCGUAACCCUUGACUGUAUUUGUUAAAUGACCUUAAACUGGAUCAUAAUCAAGGUAUUCUGAAAGAUAGAAAUUUAAUGAGUUUAAGAAAUAAUACUUGUAGUGUAUGAUCGACAUUAUGCUGAAAGAAAGUGAAAAGAAGUGAAGAGAAGUACAU